ACUCUGGCCCAACUUGGCCCAUACCUCUUCGGUCUCACUCUCAAGUAUGGUAGCUUCGGCGGCGCUCCGCCGCCUCCGUUCCUCGCCGCGGCUCCGGCACGCCGCCGCCGCCGCCUACGUAUCUUACGGCAGCAUGGGUGCCGCGUCCGCCGCCGUGGGGCUCGAGCAGUCGCACGACCCGAACCGCCUCAUCGCGGAGCUGGCCGCGGCGGGGCGCGUGUGGGACGCGCGCAAGCUGUUCGACGGGACGCCCGACUGGGACGUGGUGUCCUGGACGGCGCUGGUGUCGGCGUACGCGCGGCGUGGGAUGCUGCGGGACGCGCGGGAGCUGUUCGACCGCCCCGACGCGCGCCGGAACGUGGUCACCUGGACGGCGCUCCUCUCGGGCUACGCGCGCGCCCGCCUCGUCGACGAGGCCGAGGCGCUGUUCCAGCGGAUGCCCCAGAGGAACGUCGUCUCCUGGAACACGAUGCUGGAGGCGUACGCCGCGGCGGGCAGGGUGGGUGAUGCCUGUGCGCUGUUUGACCGCAUGCCGGUCAGGGAUGCCGGCUCGUGGAACAUUCUGCUGGCCACGCUGGUGCGAUCGGGGAGUGUGGAUAAGGCGCGCGAGCUGUUUGGGAGAAUGCCGGAGAGGGAUGUAAUGGCUUGGACGACCAUGGUUGAUGGUGUUGCGCGGAGCGGUAAGGUUGAUGAGGCUCGAGUAUUGUUUGAUAGCAUGCCGGAGAGGAAUGUAGUUUCUUGGAAUGCCAUGAUCUCUGGGUACACAAGAAACCACAGGAUUGAUGAAGCACUGGAUUUGUUCAUGAAGAUGCCUGAGAGGGAUAUUGCUUCUUGUAACAUUAUGGUUACUGGUUUUAUACAAAACAAAGAUCUGAAGAGGGCACGGGAGCUCUUUGAUGAGAUGCCAGAAAGGAAUGUUGUCACUUGGACGACCAUGAUGAAUGGUUACUUGAAAGGCAAGCAGAGUGAGCUGGCACUGGGGUUAUUUAGUGGUAUGCUAAUGGCAGGUACCAGACCAAACCAAGUGACAUUUUUGGGUGCACUUGAUGCAUGCAGCGAUCUCGCGGCACUCUGUGAAGGGAAGCAGGUGCAUCAAAUGAUAUGCAAAACAACAUUUCAGUUUGAUGCUUUUGUCGAGUCUGCCCUGAUGAAUGUAUAUGCGAAGUGUGGUGAAAUUGGGUUGGCAAGAAAGUUGUUUGAUCUUUCAAGGGAGAAGGACUUGAUAUCUUGGAAUGGAAUCAUUGCAGCGUAUGCGCACCAUGGUGUUGGCAUAGAAGCAAUCCUCUUGUAUGAAAAGAUGCAAGAAAAUGGAUAUAGGCCUAAUGAUGUCACCUAUGUGGUGUUGCUCUCAGCAUGUAGCCACUCUGGGUUGGUUGACGAAGGGCUUAAGAUCUUUGAAUCCAUGGUAAAUGAUAGGUCAAUUGCAGUGCGCGACGAACAUUAUACUUGCUUGAUUGAUCUCUGUAGCCGAGCAGGACGACUUGAUGAUGCCAAAAGAUUAAUUCACUAUCUUAAGAUUAAGCCUGCAUCAGGUUCUGUCUGGAGUGCCCUUCUAGGUGGGUGUAAUGCACAUGGAAAUGAGAGCAUUGGCAAUUUGGCAGCUAGAAAUCUCUUACAAGCAGAACCUGAUAACGCUGGAACCUAUACUCUCCUAUCCAAUAUCUAUGCUUCAGCUGGUAAGUGGAAAGAAGCAGCAGAAAUUAGGUCAGAAAUGAAUAAUCGAGGACUAAAGAAACAACCUGGUUGUAGUUGGAUAGAGGUGGCAAAUAAGGUUCAUGUGUUUGUAGCACGUGAUAAGUCCCACAGUGAAUCUGACUUGAUCUAUGGUCUGCUGCAAAAUAUCCAUCACAUGAUGAGGAUUGUUGGAACUGUCCCCAGUGACCUUGUGCAUGUUGAUGAGGAUGUAGUGUCGAUUUAGUUAUAAGCUGAAGCAUUCCAUUUCAACUGUAUGGAUUCAGUCAAACAAAGUAACCUCCAGCAUUCAAUUUAAGGGCAACCCUACAAAAACAUCAGUGCAAGCCAUUCCUCCUGCAAUUGAUUGGCAAUUUGCCAGAGGGGAUUUCUUGACACCAACACUAGCUGCAAAGCUGAAUGCAUAUGCUGCUGAGCUCUGCCCUGCAAAUAUACAAAACAGAAUUAGCUCCAAGAUUGAUGAGAUCUCAAAGAAAGGAUGGCUCAUUUUGAGGAAAAUUUAGUUUAUACUAGCUCCUGGACUCAGAUCGAUUAUCGCAAUGUAGAAACAAGAGAGGUGCAUGAUUUUGCAGAAAAAAAACUAGGAAUAGUUCAGUUUUCACCAUUGUCAUGAUGGCCUCAGUCAUCCUUUCUUAACUUUGCUCACAAAGAUUAUAUAAUUGUUCAUAGCAUAGCAUCUUCAUUGACGAUGUAUUAUUGACGCUGUGUCUUACCCCAUAUGUAAUCCAAAUUCAUGGUUCAAGCUGAGUAGUUUGUUGUAAUUCUCGUGGUUCAUUUGUGAAAAUAUAGGUAUUUGACUCUUAUUUGGCAGAGCUUGUAAUGGUCACGUGCAUGUGAAUGUGACCCUGAAAAUUUGGUUAUAUUGAUUGGGGUGUAUCAGUUUGUCUCUA